AUGACUUCGACAGCGCCCACCGUGCAGGAGGGGCCUAAAGAGGAGCCCAGAUAUAUCGAGUUCCCUUGUGCUCCAGAUGGCGUGACCCAGGAGGGCAAACCGGCUUUGAACAAGUAUUCUCAGUUCAUCACCAAGGGCCAUGAUUUCCCUGGAGCUCAGGCUAUGUUAUACGCUGCCGGAGUACCUGAUCGACAGUCCAUGAAGACCAGCCCACAUGUUGGCAUCGCAUCAGUGUGGUGGGAGGGAAACCCUUGUAACAUGCAUCUCCUAGAUUUGGGCAAGACCGUCAAGAAGGCUAUUACGGACCAGGGAAUGCUGGGGUGGCAGUAUAACACCAUUGGUGUAUCAGAUGCAAUAACAAUGGGCCACGAAGGCAUGCGCUUCUCCCUGCAAUCCCGUGAAAUCAUCGCCGACAGCAUCGAGACCGUUACAUGCGCGCAAUAUCACGAUGGGUGCAUUGCUAUACCCGGAUGUGACAAGAACAUGCCAGGCUGUAUCAUGGCCAUGGGAAGGCACAAUCGUCCAUCUCUGAUGAUUUAUGGCGGCACCAUUCAAGUUGGAUACUCGAAACUGCUGCGAAGACCCAUCAACAUCUCAACCUGUUAUGAAGCCGCCGGUGCAUAUGCUUAUGAUACUUUGGUUCAGCCAGACGAUGGUGGAGACAGGACCAAAACCAAAGAUGAAAUCAUGGAAGAUAUUGAAGCCCACGCUUGUUCCGGUGCCGGGUCCUGUGCCGGGAUGUACACAGCAAAUACAAUGGCAACAGCGAUUGAAUCAAUGGGUCUAACCCUUCCCGGCUCAUCCUCCACUCCGGCGACAUCGCCCGCCAAGAUGCGUGAGUGUGUGAAAGCGGCCGAUGCAAUUAGAUUGUGCAUGGAAAAGAACAUCAGACCGCGCGACUUGCUGACGAAACGUUCCUUUGAAAAUGCGCUUGUCAUGACCAUGGCCCUGGGUGGAAGUACCAACGGUGUCGUUCAUUUCAUCGCCAUGGCUAGAUCUGCCGGUGUUCACUUAACCCUCGACGACAUCCAGCGUGUAAGCGAUAAAAUCCCGUUUAUCGCAAACCUUGCCCCAAGUGGGAAGUAUUACAUGGCAGAUCUAUACGAGGUUGGAGGAAUUCCGUCGGUUCAAAAAUUGCUUGUUGCCGCAGGACUUCUGGACGGUGGUAUUCCCACUGUGACUGGUAAGACACUGGCAGAAAACAUCGCAUCUUUCCCCUCCCUACCGCAGGACCAAAUUAUCAUUCAUUCACUUGACAACCCGAUCAAAUCAACUGGCCAUCUUCAGGUGCUUAGAGGCAACCUUGCUCCAGGUGGCUCCAUCGCGAAAAUCACAGGAAAAGAAGGCACAAAAUUCACAGGAAAGGCUCGCGUCUUUGACAAAGAGCACGAAUUGGAUGCCGCCCUCAGCCGUGGCGAAAUUCCACGUGGGGAAAACCUCGUUCUAGUCGUGCGGUACGAAGGACCAAAGGGAGGUCCAGGAAUGCCGGAACAGCUCAAAGCCAGCGCUGCACUGAUGGGUGCCAAACUCACAAACGUAGCUCUCAUCACAGAUGGGAGGUAUUCAGGUGCCAGUCACGGAUUUAUUGUCGGGCAUAUUGUCCCCGAAGCUGCUGUUGGUGGUCCGAUUGCUGUCGUCCAGGAUGGCGAUACAAUCACUAUCAACGCGGAGACCAACUCGCUUGUGAUGGAUGUCUCUGAUGAAGAGAUCGCUCAGCGCUUGAAGAGCUGGAAGCCGCCGAAGCCACGCGUUACCCGGGGCGUUUUGGCCAAGUAUGCCAGGCUGGUUGGGGAUGCGUCAAACGGUGCUAUGACAGACCAAUUUUAA